AUGCCUCACUCCGUUCCUGUCCCCGCCGCUGGGUUCCAGGCUCUCAUUCUCUGUGGGCCUGGUGUAUCCCUCAAUACCUUUACAUCUAAUCCCGAAGAGUAUCCCAAGGCUCUGAUACCGGUUGCCAAUAAGCCGAUGGUAUACUGGGGACUUGACUGGUGCUACCGCAUGGGAAUAACGAAUAUCACAUUGGUGACCCCUCCCGCCAGCCAAGCUCCUUUAGAGACAGCGCUUUCGCAGAAUCCACACCUUACAUCGCUCCCAGCACCGUCGCCAACAGUUGUAGCGCCCAAGGAGUUGACACUUACAACGGGAACAGCAGAGCUGCUACGGCUACCCGAGAUCCAGUCAGCCAUCAAAUCCGAUUUCAUUCUGUUACCGUGCGAUCUCAUCUGCGAAAUCCCCGGAGAAUCACUCUUGGAAGCAUGGAUGGUCUCGCAAGCUGCUCUGGGCGGAGCAGACGAAGAUAAUGGCAUCACGCACAGCGGGACCAAAAUCACCGGCCUCGGCGGCGAAAAGGGUGGGCGAAGAGGUGGCAUGGGAGUCUGGUAUGAGACUCGCGGGAAAGAAGAGAGCGUCAAGGGUGAAGUGGCCGAUUUCGUCGGCACCGCGCCGCUGGAGCAAGAUGAAGCACCUGUUGUCUAUCCGCCUGUAGAUGGACCGAGUUCGAUACGGUAUAACUUGUCCAAGUUGGUUUAUGCUGCGCCAAUGGAUUCGCUCAAGGAGAAAAUGGAAGACGACAAGGGUCUUUUGCUGAGGCAUUCGCUUGUGAACAAACAUGCCCGAAUCAAGUUAUUGACUACUUAUCGUGACGCUCAUAUCUACAUCUUCCCGUACUGGGUCAAAGAGAUGGCCAAGAGGAACGAAAAGUUCCAGAGUAUCAGCGAGGAUCUGGUUGGUUGGUGGGCCAAGGCCGAGUGGCAGACUGGCCUGGGCGAAAAGUUAGGACUCCGAGAGAUUCUCGAGCCUCAAGAAGACGGUCGAGGCGAAAAUGGGAGCCACGACGGCUUCACGGUCGAAGACGAAGUAGACCUAAAAGCCAUGAGCACAACUCGACCAACUGUCUCUAGACCUGAGGAAGACUCGCUGGACGAAUCCGGCGAGACUCGGUUUGCAUCGCGAGUCAACACACUGGCAUCGGAAUUCGACUCAGAAGCCCCAUCCACCAAGAGCAAGACGAAACUUACGGUACCCUCGAUGCUUGCCUACAUCCACUCUUCAUUACCCUCCGCACCCCUCGUACGCCGUGUCGACAAUUCAUCCCUCCUUCUCUCCAUAUCGCUGAAACUCGCCAAACUUGAACCCAUCGAGGAAGUUGGCCGACAGGCUGCUUCUCCCUUUGCCCAUGCCGCGAAAAUCGCCUAUCCGGCAGGCAUCGCCCAGCGCUGCACAGUCACCAAACACGAUUGUUUGCUUUCAGAGAAUGUAACUGUGGAAGAAAAAUGCGUGAUCAAAGAGAGCGUCAUUGGGGCAAACUGUCAUAUCGCGUCCGGUGCUCGUCUGACACGCUGUCUCAUCAUGGACGGCGCUGUGGUGGGCGAGCGAUCAGUCUUGACUGGAUGUGUGGUAGGCCGUAGAAGCCGGAUUGGCCGCGAGUCUGUUCUCAAAGACUGUGAAGUCCAGGAUGGAAACGCCGUCCCCGACGAGACGGAUGCCAAGAACGAGAAGUUUAUGGUCUUUGAAGGUCUGGAUACCGAAGAUGGCGACGAGGCAAUGAGCACCGAGGACGACCAUGAGGCCGGAAAAGGGUUCGACGAGGGAGGUCAGGAUUUGGGCUUUUAA